AUACUCCUGAAACGUUCCUCCCGCACUCAGAGUCUCAGACACGCUUACGCAGAGAGCCAGAGAGAGAGAGAGACAGAGAGAGAGAGAGAGAGCGUAGCAGAGUCAUUGAUACUUUGAUAGAAAGAGUGGACAGUGAAGCAAAAAUUUUUGCUCCAUUAAUGCAUCUCAAGAAGAAAGCGUGACCUUUCCUUUUUCACGGAUUCCAUCUCAGAAUCUGCAACGAUCGACAGCUUCAACACCUCCUAAAUACCUCCUCAUCAAGACUUCGGUCUCAUUCUGCAAAUCAAAAUGGAGCUUAGUAAAAUGACGUUAGAGAUAUUUUCGAAACUUGAACAGAAAUGGCUCUCGCAUUGCGAGGACAAGAAAACAAGAAUUCUCAGCAUCGAUGGUGGAGGAACCAAAGGCCUAAUCGCCGGUGCAGCCUUAAUCCAUCUCGAAGAGCAGAUCCAAUCCAGGACUGGCGAUCCUCAAUCUCGUAUCGUCGACUUCUUCGAUGUCCUCGCAGGUACUGGAAUCGGCGCCAUUUUUUCUGCAAUGCUGACGGCAGAUGACGGCACCGGUCGUCCGAUCUUCACCGCCAAGGAUGCCGUUGAAUUCGUGAUGAAGAAUCAGUCCACGAUGUUCAAGAUCAAGAAUGGUGGUUUUCUCCGUCGCCGACAGAGAUUUUCCGAUAAGUGCAUCGACAAUGUUUUGAAGGCGGUAUUACGCAGGAAUGACGGUAAGUUUUUGACGUUGAAGGACACGUGCAAGCCUCUUCUCGUCCCCUGCUAUGACCUGAAUAGCUCUGCGCCAUUUGUCUUCUCCCGUGCCGACGCUUCAGAAUCUCCAAGCUUCGAUUUCGAACUCUGGAAGGUCUGCCGUGCCACAUCCGCCACUCCGAGCCUCUUCAAGCCGUUCCAGUUAACCUCCAUUGACGGCAAAACAUCUUGCUUGGCUAUCGAUGGAGGUCUUGUCAUGAACAACCCUACCGCCGCUGCCGUUACUCACGUCUUGCAUAACAAACGGGAUUUCCCUUCCGUUAACGGCGUCGAAGACUUGCUCGUUCUAUCGUUAGGUAACGGGCCGUUGAGUAGCUCCACACGCCGGCGACUGAAACGCAACGGCGAAUGCUCGACGCCGUCAGUCAUUGACAUUGUUCUUGACGGCGUCUCUGAAACCAUCGAUCAAAUGCUCGGGAACGCAUUUUGUUGGAAUCGUAUGGACUACGUGAGGAUUCAGGUCAACGGCUUCGAAACGGAAAUCGGGGAGCCCUCAAUGGAGGAUGUACUGAGGGAGAGGGGAGUGGAGUCGUUACCAUUUGGAGGGAAGCGGUUGCUGACGGCGACGAACGGACAGAGAAUUGAGAACUUCGUUCAACGGCUUGUUGCUUCGAAGAAGAGCAGUCUACCACCAAGCCCCUGCAAGGAAAACGCCGUUAGUCUCCUUGCAAAUGGCCGUUAGUUUUGUCUUUUUCUUUUUAUUAACAAUCCCAACCCAAUUACCCAAACCGACUGUGUAUUAAUCCUGGUUUACUUAUCUCUCUCUCUAUCUCUUUCGGAGUUAAAUAUAUAAUUCUGGAAAUAAAUAUAUAUAUCCGACCACUAUCUGAGUUAAUCUUGUUUAA